UGGGAAAAUACAAACUCGACGAGCCGCCAUCUUUCUUUGUAGUGAGUCCGUAGGGGAAAAUAACAACCGAUUCGCAUGAUUAUUUCUGCUAAAUAGAGGUGUUUGAGCAACUACACUUCAUCUGGAAUCAUACCUGGCACGUUUAAAAAAAGGAGCCGGUGUGGUUUUGUUAAGACACUGCUCACAUUUUAGUCAUAAAGGCACAGCAGUUUGGUGGUCAACAUGGGCCGCUCACGGAGCCGCAGCUCGUCCCGGUCCAAACACUCGAAAGGCAGCAAGCACAGCAAGAAACGAAGCCGGUCUCGGUCGCGGUCUAAAGACAGGGAGCGGUCCAAGAAGCGGUCCAAGUCCCGGGAGGCUAAAAGGAACCGUCGCAGAGAAUCUCGCUCUCGUUCCCGGUCGACCACAGCGUCAGCCCGCAGAGAGAGAGCAGCCUCGCCGCCGGAGCGGAUCGACAUCUUCGGCAGGACGCUGAGCAAAAGAAACGCGCUGGACGAGAAGCAGAGAAAGGAAGAGGAAGAGAGAAGGGCCGAGAUGGAGAGACAGCGGAAAAUCCGGCAGCAGGAGAUCGAGGAGAAGCUGAUCGAGGAGGAGACAGCACGGCGGGUGGAGGAGCUUGUGGCCAAGCGGGUGGAGGAGGAACUGGAGAAGCGGAAGGACGAGAUUGAACGAGAGGUGCUGCGGCGCGUCGAGGAGGCGAAGCGCAUUAUGGAGCGGCAGCUGCUGGAGGAGCUGGAGAGGCAGCGGCAGGCCGAGUUGGCAGCUCAAAAGGCCAGAGAGGAGGAAGAAAAAUCUAAGCGGGAGGAACUGGAAAAAAUCCUGGAGGAGAAUAACCGCAAGAUCGCCGAUGCCCAGGCCAAACUGGCCGAGGAUCAGUUGCGUAUUGUGGAGGAGCAGAGAAAGAUUCACGAGGAGCGCAUGAAGCUGGAGCAGGACCGUCAGAAACAGCAGAAGGAGGAGCAGAAAAUCAUCCUCGGGAAGGGCAAGUCCAGGCCCAAGCUCUCCUUCUCCCUCAAGGCCACCGAAUGAGACUGCUCCCCCAUGCGUCCUGCCUUCGUCUCCCAAUCCUGCUCUCCCUCCUCAUCAUCCGGACCCCCCACUCCUCCUCCUCCACCUCCUCUGUAGAACGCUCGCUUCGUUUUGGAAGUGCAGAAGGAAUGCCGAGGAAAAGGGGUGUGACCCUGUGUGUAAACGUCCCUGUGAGGAGCCAUGUUGAUCCACCCGGCCUUGAAGAGGAGGCAGCUCUUCUCCCCCUUGAAGGACCUGACUGCUCCCCCCCCCACCAUACUUCCUCCUCCCCCUCCGCACAGAUGACUGUUGUUUGUGCUUUUUUUUUUCCUCUGUUUUAUUUUUUAGGGAACUUGAACUUUUGAUGUAGAAUGCUAUAACAUGUCCCCUCAGUCUUAACUCCGGUGUAACAGCGAGUCUCUGUGCGCCUGUGCUCUUCUUCUUACAUGUCCUUACAGCCAGCAAACUACAAUAGACGUCGCCCCCCCCCCCCCCCCCCCCCCCCCCCCCGAUCUAGAAGAAAAAUGUGACUCUGUCUGGUUCAUCUUACUGUAAACGCUCAUGUGCAGCUUGGGAGUUGUCCUGUGGUUUCCCGUUUUGAUUUCUUUUUUGAAAGUAAUGUUUCCAAAGUGGCUGUCGCAGCCUUUAAAAGCACAGUGAACUUCCCGUCCAGCUGACAGGUUUGUUUGUGUCUUCCACCGUCUUGACUUCUUUCACUCAUGCGAUCUGUUCCCCGUUAAAUAUUCUCCGCUCUGGCGCCGUUUGUUUUUUACGUUUAAAAAAAAAAAAAAGACUUAAGAAGGAUGACGUCCUGCGAGGAAAGAGUCAAUCUGGAGUUUAGAUUUAUUAGCAUUUUUUUGCCGUGCAGGUGGACUCCACCUCGACACCCAAGCUGCCCAUGACUUGACCACAAACCUCCGACAGGAUACGUGUCCCCGUCUAUGACGAGGGGCCCUGUGGGGGUUAUGGAGGAGUGAGAGAGGACACUUCCUGUAUGAUGUAAUGUUAAUAGCCUUGCUGUGAUGUGCUGACUCCCACUGACCCCCUCCCCCUCUUCAGUUCCCUUGAGUUGUAUGAAAUCGAUCCACUAUCAGAAAGUCACAGUAAUGCUAACGAGUUGAAUGGGACUGUUUUUUUGGGGGGGAGAAACUCUCGAGCGUACAGUACGUGCUCUGUCCCCGAGUUUUGUCGUAGUGAAUUAACUUUGGCGACUUCGCUUGAUUCGUAGAGGAUGGACAAGUUCAGGUAAGAUCAGGUUUGAGGUCAGCAGCAGUACGAGAGAAUGAGAAAGUGUGUGCGUGUGUGUGUGUGGGGGAAUGUGUGUAGUUGAUGCUGCCGUGCUGACCUCAGGUGGGUAUACAGACUUUUUGCUAAAUUGUGGGAGUUUAAAUUUGUCAUGUAAUUUCCCCCCCGAUUGUCAAGGGACUGAACAGUUGAAUAAAUCCAUUGAAUGCCUCCACUC